AUGUCGACAGUUACGGCAGCUACCUCGCAAGCAAUUUUGCCGUCACUCGUAAUCCUCAUGGUUGCGCUGGCUCACGCACACGAGCAUCAACACGCAGAAGAUGAUCAUACGCACCACGCCACUCGGCGCCACGCACAUGAGCAUGAACACGGCUCACAUCCUCAUCCACAUGCACAUCAUGAGCAUGAACACCCACAUGCCCGUUCACAUCCACAUGCACAUCAUGAGCAUGAACACCCGCAUGCACAUCAUGAACACGAAAACACCCACAGGCGCCACGGGCCCCUGCCUCAGACAUGUCCUAGUCCCGACCAAGGGCCCGAGCCUGGUGCAUGGAAGGAUGCCCAUGCAACCUUCUAUGGCGCACCCGACGGCACAAUAGGGGGGGCAUGCGGGUACGAGGAGAGUGAUAAACAGAUCUACGGUUCGGAGACAACGGCAUUGAGCACAGUAUUGUUCGAAGAUGGGAUGGCGUGCGGAGCUUGCUUCGAGAUCAAAUGCAGCGAACCCAGCGAAUGGUGCAAACCCGGCCAGCCAACAGUGCACAUCACCGCCACGGACUUUUGCCCACCGGGGGGCGAGGGGUGGUGCAAUUCGCCCAAGGAGCACUUCGACCUGUCGCAACCGGCGUUCCACAAGAUCGCCGAGCACAAGGGUGGCAUCGUCCCUGUCAAAUACCGCAGGGUUCCAUGCAAGAGACAUGGGGGUAUUCGAUUCAAAGUAACAGGGAAUCCGUAUUUCAACAUGAUCGGAAUUACAAACGUGGGCGGCGCCGGUGAUGUGUCCAAGGUAGAGGUGAAGGUCGGAGAGCAGUGGGUGGCGUUGAAACACAACUACGGCGACAAGUGGGAUACCAACGAACACCUAGUCGGGAAGAAGCUGACAUUUAGAAUCACGACUGGCGACGGCAAAAGUGUAAUCACGGAGCAAGCUGCCCCACAAGACUGGCAAUUUGGCAAGACUUAUCAAGGCAAGAACGUGGCAUGAACUACAAUCAUGCAUACUUAUGUUAUAGGUAUAGCUAUUGGAAAAAGAAUAAUGAUUCGACAGAAAUGUGUAUAAUACUACAACAAUGAAUAGGCUCAUUUGAACGACUCAAAGUAGGAGUUACAUAUCCGGCCUUAAGGCUGCAACAUGUAUAUAUACAACAACAUUCGUGCAAAAUUUGGGUUAUAUACUGUUACCCAAGAAUCACGACCAAACGUGGCCAUCA